AUGCUUCCGUCAACUUCCCAGUCUGCAGGGGACGUUAAACACGGGGAUGGGGUAGCAAAUGCCCCAGGCAAGUGGCAACCAGCGCGCAAACGCGCCUACCGACGAGCACUCGCCCGGGCCCAGAAAAGCCCGGCGGGCGGGGUCAUGUACAGAGGUCACUGGCUAACUGGAAGAGCCGAUCUUAAGGAUCGAGCUGACACCAAGAUUUCCCAGGCAGCCACGGAGGCCAGACCCACCAUCGAUGUACUUAGCUGGAACUGUGGAGGCCUCACCUCGGCCAGGUAUGCCGAGUUAAAGCAGUGGCUCCACAUGCAGACCCCACAGGCACGUCCAGGGAUCACCAUCAUCCAGGAGACAUUCUGGAAAAGCUCCAGUGAGUGGGAGGACGAUCUGUUCUCCUAUGUGCACUCAGGCACGAACCGCAAUAAAGAGGGGGGCCUGUUGGUGAUAAUAUCCAAGCAAGUGUGCCAAUCGAACCUUAUCAGGUAUGAUGAAAUUCAGCCGGGCCGCCUUCUCCACGUCAGGCUGGCAACGGAGCCGUGUACCAACUUGCUAGCAGUCUACCAACACUCAUGGCGAAGUGACCUCAGCACUGCCGCAAAAGAGCUGCUGCUCUCUAAGCGUGCCACGGUUUGGCGCAGGAUUCAGCAAUUUGUGCAUGGGACCUCUGCCCGGUCCCAACUUGUGUUGGCAGGUGACUUCAACUGCCCUGUCACUGAAUGUCUGCCUUUUGUUGGAAAGGGCUACCGUCGCAACGUCCGUGCGGGGCACCGUGAACUUCCGCCCAUGGCAGCUGACUCGGAUGAAUUUCUUGAUAUCUUGAAGAAUGAGGACUUGCAAGUACUCAAUAGCUUUGGCAAGUCGGGCCUGGCCUGCAGCACAUACAUCAACGCGUCGCAAAAGCCUGUCCAGGGAUCGCAGAUCGACUUUAUCAUCAUGCGCCGAUCUCAGGCGGAUGACGGCAGUCGCUGUGCCCAGCUUCUGCGAGACUUCCCGCUUCUCCCCAUUGAGGGCAUGUGGCAUUACCCACUGCGGGCACGCUUGCCGUGCCCUCGGUUGCCACGACACCAAAUGCGGGGACAACGCCUCACACCUGACUCUGCUUCACUGGCCUUGAACCAACAGCCUGUCAAGGCACAGCAGUUCCAACAGUUGGUGGCACAGGCACUUGACCAGUGUGUCGACAUGGAAGGAAUCAACACUGCACUUACUCAGUCCUGGUCCCAGGUCUUCGGGCCCGUUCGGCGACAGAGUACGGUCCAUGCCAAGGACUGUUGUCUUGCGAAUAUGUGGCACCAUAGAACCAGAGCCACACAAGCUAGGUCGUGGAUGGCCCGAUGGCACCACAUCUCCCGAUACCAGGCCAUUCGCCGCACUAUUCAGCAGCAUGUGCGGGCUGCCAAACAAGCCAGGCUUCAGCAACAACUUCUUGAUGCUGAGAGUGCGAGCACCCGAGGAAACCCCGGAGCAUUGUAUCAAAUCAUUCGUCGCAUUGCACCAAAGCUCCGACGGAGGAAACUGCAGCUGAGAGACGAGCAUGGCCGACUGCUUGGCCCCCGAAAGGAGGCGGAACACAUACUUGCUCACUACUCGGAAGUAUUUGCUUCAGCUUCUGCCACGGAGGACUCCUGGCUGACACAGCCCUUCCACUUCGAGGAAAUGGAAUUCCAGGCCGCUCUUUCUGAACUUCCGUUGCAUAAAGCCUUGCCUGCCCACUGUGCCCCUGCCCCACUCUGGCGCUGGUGUGCUGACACAGUCAGCUCGUGCACGGCUCGGCUCUUGAAGUGUGGCUUGCAAGCAGGAUCGUUUAGGCAGCAGUGGCCACUUGAAUGGGCGAUCUCAUUUCUGUGUCUCUUACCCAAAACAGAUCAGAAACUUGAUGCUGUGAUCAAGCUCCGCCCCAUCUCCUUAUUGCAUCCUCUUGGUAAAUCUUUCGCUGGCAUGCUUAUGUACCGGGUUAGGGACACCAUCGCACACAAGCUGGCGGACACUCCACAAUUUGCAUACUUAGUAGGGCGUUCAACAGCGGAUGCGGUUGAUCGGGCUGUGUGGCACAUCUACCAGACUAGGCAACGGGUCGGUCAACAGUACACGAUCCACCACAGGCGUGCAGGUAUACCUCAGCACGAGAUCCGCGGCAGCCUUACUCUGAGCAUUGACUUACGUAGGGCCUUCGAUUCCAUCGACCGGUGUCUUAUCGCUAAGUCGUUGGAGUGGGCUGGCGUGCCCACUUCUCUGGUCGAGGUCAUUGUCGGCAUACACGAAGCCAUGCGUGUUAGCUAUACUUCUUGCUCGGGAGAGGCCCUGUCCACCGCGACAGGACGCGGCCUCCGACAAGGAUGCCGUUUGGCCCCUAUCAUUUGGGCUUGCAUCACUGGCUAUCUGAUGGCCAAACUAGGCCCGUUACUUGAUCAAGGAGAGCUGCGUCCCCUGCUCACUCUGUUCGCAGAUGACACUCUGGGCCAAUGGGAGAUACAAUGCAAAGAGCACCUGUCCAUGGCAUUGACCCAGGUUGCCUUCCUACUCGACUUCUUGAAGGCACACAACCUGUGUGCCAAUACAGAGAAAUCGGUGAUCCUCAUCAAGCUUGCAGGUGCCAAGCAUGUGUCGCUCUGGAAAAAGCACACAACGCACGACCCCGAGCUGGGACUGUGCGCCAGAAUUCCGUGUCAGGGGCAUCAUGUAUUGCUUCCUGUCAAGUCCAAGCACAAAUACCUAGGAGUAAUGUUGUCUUAUAACCAUUUGGAACGCGAGACGGCUGCAUAUCGAACACGUUGCGCCCAGGCCAGUUUCGCGAGGAUCCAGGUGGCCACUAAGCGCACCAGUAGACUUUCUCUGCGCUGCAGGGUUCGCUUGUGGAGGGCAGUGGUGUGGACCACGAUGUGCUACGGCAUUGAUUGCACAGGCCUCGACAUCGUUGGACGCCGUCAGCUUUAUGCCACGGCAGUGCGACACUUGAGAGCUAUGGCCAACUCGCCGUCUCACAUCAGCAAGGAAACCACCUCGGCCCUUCUGCUCAGGCUGGAGCUGCCACACCCUGCGGAUAUGCUGCUGGACAAGGCAAAGGCCAGACAUGAACGCACUAGUCAAUCACAGGUCUUCGCAUUGCAGCCACAGGGCCUGACACAGGUUUGGGAGGCUGUUAGGAGCUCACUUGAAGUGCCAGGUAGGAAGUCCCCUGCUCCCUCCCAUCCAACCGCUGCGGUGACACCGCCGGCUGUGCAGUCUGCUGUGACACAGGAGGACAAUUGCCCACCUGCCGCUCAGAAUAGCCCGGAGGACCCGGUAGCCGUGCUAAACACAACACAUGCUGAGGUCCCGACCCCCACUGAGACGAUACCUCCGGCUCCGAUUGAAACGGGUGCCCAUGCUGACCUGGUGUGUCCUGUCUGUGACUACCAAGCUGCUGACACCACGGCCUUGAGGUACCAUAUGACCUCGAUUCACGGCCUUUCUGAGAGGGAGCUUGCCAUGGCCACAGCUGCACCGUUCAAGUUCGAAGAACAUUCGUACGACUUGAUUCAAGAGGUCAUUGAAGUCUGUCGUAAGUCGUCUUACUUUAUCCAAUCCCCGUGCCAGUUGUGUGGCAUUGCUUGGAAGGGGGCACGAAUCCGCCACCGCGAAGCCUGCGCUGUGCUCUUUGCUGCGCGGCUGCUAGCUGCUCACCACGGCUAUGUUUUCCGAGAUGAGCAUGGAACCCGAGCCCUCGCCUCUGAUGGAGUUCGAGUCGGUGUUCAACCAACCGCUGCCGAGCCCGUUCCCGUCCUUCCGCCACCCGCCGUCGGCACACCCGAUGGCAAGGGUCAAGGAGGGCACGGCGGAUAUUGGGGAAAGGGCCCGAACAAGGGCAAAGGAAAGGGCACUCAUCAGACACCGUGGCAGUCGUCUCAGGAUCCCUCGUGGCAGCUGGCACCAACGUCGUGGCAUCCGAGCUAUCCGAGCUACCAAGGCUAUCAGGGCUACUCGGACAUGUAUGUGACACAGCAGGAGAUCCAGCUGCUUCGGCAGCUGCUGGUGCGACACGAGUGGGAGCUAGCAGCUCUUCGUGUGGAUCGAGGGUUCGUUCUCCACAUGAGGUCGGGCCCGGACGGCAUCCUGAGAGAGGUGUUUCAAGCGAGCAAGCUUUGGAACGAGGCGAAGACCCAGGGUACCCUUCAGAAUCUUACAUUGCGCCAGGCUCUCCUCAUGAAGGUCUUCACUGUCCUGAAGGAUCGAAUGGAGCAUAUGAACGAGGGCCACAUCGCCACAGCCCGCAAGCACGGUUGGCUCAGCCGGGACGGUAUGCAAUGGCAGUAUCUGAAGUGGUCACAGACUCACGAGAGCCUCAUCCCGGAGGAUCCAGUUCGACAGGUCCCGCACGACUCCCUGGUGCAACACAUCACGUCGAUCCUUCGAGCAUUGAACAUGGACCACAUGAUCCACCGCUUUGCAGCGACUCGCAAGCUGACAGAGAAUGUGGAGAACACGAUGCCAUUCCUGUUGCAGAUCUCCCUUCAGGGCCAGACAUCGCAUCAACUGUUUCAGGCUCUUCAGGACUUGUGCGGAGCGGGAUGUCUUCAGCUUAUCGGCAUGACAAUGCGGCAGUGCAUAGGAGGCUCCUCCCCAGUGGACUUCCCCUCUCCGGUGGCUCCGGGUCGCAACAGCUGUUAUGCCAAUUCCUUACUUUUGAGCCUUGUGUGGACUGAAACCUUUCUCGGAUGCCAACUCUUCGAAGGUCCUCUGGGAUCAUCGCUGCGAUCCUUGGUUCAGGCUGGCCGGGCAGUUGACAUUUGGUCUGUGCUGCCCUGGAUUAGUGCCACCCGUACCUGGCGAGCACCUAGGAGGCAGCAUGACAUUGCGGAGUUUUUGCUCUACAUGCGUCCACAGCUCAAUGCUUCAUUGAUCGACGGUUCGUGGGGGACUGCGGGGUCCGCGCCCCAUCGUGGCUUGGAGGUUGUGGAUGAGGGCCACACGUGGCCUAUGCUGCUUGCAAACAGGCCCGCCUCAGCAGCUGAUGAUCCCACACCGUGUUCGGAGUGCGGCUUGCAAGACUUGCUAUCGUGCUGGCAUCAACAGGCGGAACCACAGGCGCUCCUGAAGCCGCCAAAGUUUUGUGCGAUUCAAGUGGGCCGUUUUGACAGCACGAAUGAUGGAGCUUGCAUUAAGACCGACUUCAAGCUUUGCCUGGAGCCCUUAGUGCACAUUCCUGCUUUUCGCGACAAUCUGCAAGAUGUGUACUUCGUUAAGUACUUUGUGAGAGCUUGUGCAGUGCAUCACGGUCCCACACCCGACAGCGGUCAUUAUCGCUCAAUUUUGAUGCCACCGAAUGGCGUGCUUGCGCAGUCCUUCUACACUGAUGAUAACGCCACGGCUCGCAAAGUAAAGUCCUCGGAGCUUGUGGGGAUCCAGCAAAACGCAUACAUCAUUUUCUUGCAGCGCGCCGACUGA